AGCUCUGCAGCUGUUUCUGGCACUGUCCCCUGAGGCUCUGUCCACACCUCGGUAGGGACCACGGAGCUCACAGCCCCUGGCCUGAGCCCCCGUUACCGAGAGCAAGGAGGCUGUUGCCAAGGGCUCCAGGGGAGUGGACUCGACUCUGGUCCAGACCCAAGGCACCCAGCCCUCCUGGAGACAUUGUGUGAGCCGGCUGGGCCUCCAGACACAGCCCCCGGCGCCCCACCCCAGCCAGGGUGGUGCUUGUCUGGGAAGGGACUUUUAAGUCCAGCCGCCCGCGGACCCCUGAUCGGGAGAGACGGAGGGAGCUGGCCACCAUGCACAGCUCCUGCGGCCUCUGGGCGACCCUGUUCCCAUUGCUGCUGCUGACUGCCCCGGGCCCCACCUCAGCCCUCACGGAGGGGGAGAAGCAAACCAUGGUGGAGCUUCACAACUUCUACCGUGCCCAGGUGUCCCCUCCAGCGUCAGACAUGCUGCAGAUGAGGUGGGACGACGACCUAGCCGCCUUCGCCAAGGCCUAUGCGCAGAAGUGCGUGUGGGGGCACAACAAGGAGCGGGGCCGGCGCGGAGAGAACCUGUUCGCCAUCACCGACCAGGGCAUGGACGUGCCGCUGGCCGUCGGGAACUGGUAUGAGGAGCGGGAACACUACAACUUCAGCACCGCCACCUGCGAUCCCGGCCAGAUGUGCGGCCACUACACUCAGGUAAUCUGGAGCAAGACGGAGAGGAUCGGCUGUGGUUCCCACUUCUGUGAGACGCUCCAGGGAGUGGAGGAAGGAAACAUUCAUUUGCUGGUGUGCAACUAUGAACCCCCGGGGAACGUGAAGGGGCGCAAGCCCUACCAGGAGGGGACUCCUUGCUCCCAGUGCCCCCCUGACUACAGCUGCGAGAACUCUCUCUGUGAGCCCACAAGAAACCCGGAAGAGGAGCAGGAUUCGCCUCCACCGGUGACCGAGGUCCCUUCCACCCGGGCAACUGAAGCCCCAAGCUCCAGGGAAUCCGGUACUCCGUCCCUAGCAACCUCUGAGACUCUACAUUUCACCUCGGUAACAGAGGUCUCGGACUCCCUGGCAACCGAGUCCUCACCUGCGUUAGAAACAAAGGCCCCAUCUUCCUUAGCAACGGAAGGCCCCUCCUCCAUGGCAACAGAGGCUGAGUCUUUCCUGGCGGAGGUCCCCUCGGUUUCCACCACGCACACCCAGCCCUCACUGGAUGAGGGGCCCGUUACUUUCCCCACAUCCACACAUAUCCCUGACCCCGAGUCUACGGACAAAGAAGCCAGCAAGUCGAGCGCAACCUCCGUGAGCCCAGAGAAAUCUCUGUACCCCACGAUGUCCCUGACACAGACAGGAGAGACCCUACCCCAGGCCCAGGUGGAGGCUGAGGUGGAGGCCGAGGUGCCUGAGGCGGAGGCCGAGUUGCCUGUUUCCAGUGAGGUGUUGGGUCAAGCCCAGGAGCAUGAUGGGCCGCAGGCCUCACUGGACCACUCGGGCCACCCUGCCUCCCAUGUCCCCAGUGCCUCUGCCUCGGCGGCUAAUGCCACAGGCGGACGCACCCUGGCCCUACAGUCACCCCGGACAGGUGCAGAGGACCCUGAAAAGGCCGGCUUGGGUUUGAAGCACAGUUCUGGUCAUGUGUGGGGCCCUCUCCUGGGACUGCUGCUGCCUUCCUUGCUCCUGGCUGGAAUAUUCUGAAGGGGACCCUCAAAUUGAGGGAGAAGAGGUCAGCUGCCUAACUGCUGUGUCCUCCACCCUGUCCCCAGCCCUCAAACAAGAUUCUGCCUGGCUAACGGCCCUCUGGAAGGGAAGAGCUGUGGGGUCCAGCUCACCAGAAACUGCACACCAGGGCCCUUCCUGCCCCUUACAACAGCGUCCCGCGGACGGCAUGAUUCCGAGGAUACCUGCCUGCCCCACAGGGUGGAGGUGGGGGGUGCCGUCUGCCUGCAGACUCUGGGGCUCCCCAUCUCCGAGUGCCCAUGUGCCUUGGAUGUCAGGCCAUGAGGGGCAGCUGAAGAACAAGCCCCACCCAAGUGGGGUUCUGUGGGUGGGGAGACAGGGAGCCGGUAACCGAGGUGGCCUUGACUCCUGAAUAAAGCCUGUCUAAGUCUC